CGUCCACCUCGCAGGAUGGGCAGCCUCGGCGGCGCCGGCGGCGGGGUCGGCGCCAGGCGGCCGAGGUUCCUGUGCCUGCACGGGUUCCGGACCAGCGGCGAGAUCAUGCGGAAGCAGGUGGUGGGGAAGUGGCCCGCCGAGGUCACCGCGCGCCUCGACCUCGUCUUCCCCGACGCGCCCUUCCCCGCUGAGGGCAAGUCCGACGUCGACGGCAUCUUCGACCCGCCCUACUACGAGUGGUUCCAGUUCGACAAGGGCUUCACGGAGUACAGGAAUUUGGACAAAUGCUUCGACUUCAUCGAGGAGCUGAUGAUCAAAGAAGGUCCAUUCGAUGGACUCAUGGGUUUCUCACAGGGUUCGAUUCUGUCUGCUGCGCUCGUGGGGCUCCAGCAACAAGGACUGGCCCUGACUAGAGUUCCCAAGAUCAAGUACCUCAUAAUCAUAGGCGGCGCGCGGUUCCGCGGCGCACAUACAAUUGCCGAGAAGCCGUACGCCAACAAGAUCAAAAUCCCAUCGCUGCACUUCCUUGGUGACAAUGACUUCCUUAAAGACGGUGGUGAAAAGCUCAUAGAGUCAUUUGUGGAUCCCUUCAUAAUACGGCACCCAAAGGGCCACACGGUUCCAAGGCUUGUUGAUGAGAAAAGUCUAGAGGUGAUGGCCCGUUUCCUUGACAAGAUGGAAAAGGAGAUAUCUGAACAUUCAUCCACUGAGGCCCAAGAACCCGCUGAUGUUGACGAAAAAGAAAUGUGCAUCUGAUAGGACCUGGAAAAUUAGUAUCUGAAUACCUACCAAAUUCAUAAUAUAGGCAAGCAUGCUGAUACAGAUGUAACCUCAUCCUCAUGUGGUGGCGCAAGUGUGUGGCUAUUCAGUGAUCAUACCUAAAUGCAGAUAGCUUUUGUGUA